AUCUUCAGUUCAGUGUUCAGUGACGAGUUGGAGAAGGAGGGCGAGUUUCAGGCGGCAGUGCCGUUGGAAAGCGAAAACGGCAAAGCAUAUGGUGCAGUGAGAGCAAACUUAGUGUUUGACGAAAGAUUAACGGUAGACUGGGGUGAUGACCACGAAAAAAAAGCUAAAAGGCACAAAGCAAAAUGUAAAGAACACUAAGCACAUGCCACAAGAACCCCAGUCAGAGCACUCGGAUGACCAGUCUGACCAGAGUAAGGAAUCCGACAUAGACAGCAGUUCGGAUGGAAGUGAUGGAGAGGAAGAGCAGUCAAGCGAAGAAAGUGAUGAUGAGGAGGACGAUCAGUCAAGCGAAGGGAGCGAUUCUGAAGAGGACGAUCACUUGAGCGAAGAAACUGAUGAAGAUCAGUCAAGCGAAGGAAGUGAAGAUGAUGAAGAGGAAGAUCAGUCAAGCGAAGGAAGUGAAGAUGAUGAAGAGGAAGAUCAGUCAAGCGAAGGAAGUGAAGAUGAUGAAGAGGAAGAUCAGUCAAGCGAAGGGAGCGAUUCUGAAGAGGACGAGCAGACAACUGAUGAAGAAGAAUCCGAUCCUAACAGAGAGCAAGACAGCGAGUCUGAGGACGAGGAUGGAGAUGGCGAGAGUAGUGAGGACAGCAGCAGUGAGCCGGAACAGCAAGGCCCUAAGGAGCGCCAAUCACAGAGGAGUGGCCAGCGCUUAAGGCAGAAUCCCAAAGAGUCCAGACGGAAGAAUAACCAAACACAGCAGCACAAACGCUCGUCAAGCAAGCACCAGAAGUCGAAAGGAAAAACUCCAUGUCCGGCAAAACCUGCGAAGAAGUUGGGUAAAAACCAGGAUAUUCCAAAACAAAGAACACGGCCACAGUCUACUAAAGAAGCGAAGAAGCCACGAACUUCAAGGACUGUCACGAAAAGCAGAGACGCUCGAGGGGAGACGGACAUAGCCAAGCAAGCAGGAAAGCCUACAGCUAAACAGAGGGCAACACCGAGGCCGAAUUCUGAAGUGCCACGGAAAGACCCUAAGACUUCCAGCAAAGAUGUCUGUGAUUCAGACAGUGACGAAGAUUUCAGGAAAAAACGACCAAAGGAGAGGAGAGAGCCAAGAGCCACCGACAGACACGACCGUGAGUAUGACAGCGACGACGCCCCUCGGGGUCGAAGCAAGCAAGACGUCGGGAAAAUAAGCAGUGCAGCUCAAGGAUUUCAUCGAGACUUUCAGACAGCGGAUCCUAUAGGGCAUAAGAACAGGACUAAGGCCCGGGAGGUGCGGCCGAACGAUGCCGGUCAAGUGCGCCGAGACCGACAUAUGAACCGCAACUCCUACCAUCCAGAGGGUCAGCCCAAACAUGCUCACAAGUCGAACCGAAAUUUGGAUAAAUGUGGUAAGGAGCUACAUGCGUAUGAUUUAGUGGAGAUCUUGGCAAAGAAAGAAGACCUCAACAGUAGCAUCUUGCAGGUGAUAAGAGAGAGGAAUGUAAAUCCGGAUGAUGUACGGACGGUAUUAAAUAACCACGGAAAUAUUUUCCACAUCAAGAGCGAUAGGUUUUGCCUUAAGCCUAGGUUAAAACUAUGCGCUGAACAUUCGAGUAGCAACGGAUGCGAGAAUAGGAUAUAUUGCGUCGGAUUGCACAUCUGUCAAAAUUUCCUAAAAGGGAUUUGCAAGUACAAAGUCUGUAAUUUGGGUCACAAGUUAGCAACAGGACAUAACAAGAAAGUUCUUGGGAACCUCUUCCUUGACCGACUCGGGGAUGAUACUUUGCUAAGAGUGCUCUCCAAAAGUCUUCCGAAGAGUACCAGCAAUUCCCAAAAGGGAAGUGGAGAUCAGAGAACAAGACACAGCUCUCCAAAUCGGGCGUUUCUCGAGACUAGUGAAUCUGAUGCUAAUUCUCUUAAUGGAGAUGAUGACUCUGAUGCUAAUCAUUUAUACGGAGGAAGUAAACGGAAGAAGCCUUCUCCAAUCAAGAAGAAAAAGCAAAACCAGACUGUAUGGUCCACAGAUUCUAACGGAGACGUAGAGAUCCCAGAAAUCUGCUACAAUUCUGUUGAAAGCUCAUGUCCUAGACAAGAUGAAGGCUGUGAGAAACUUCAUUCGCUUCAGCAUUUCUACUGGCAGAUUAGCAAAGACAACAGCAAGUGGUUCAACCUGCCUCCUAAGCUUGUCUUGUGUUUGGAAAAGUCCUACUGCGAUGUCUCUCAAGAUGGUGUUACUCUACCUAGGCUGAAAGGGGUUGAUCUUCAAUCAGUCCAUAUAGACGCCGUGAAAAUCCUUUCCCGAGAUGAAUGGACGUCAGACUUUCAUUCAAUGACUCUUAAGAAUUCCAAUCACAAAGUCCAACUUCAUCUUCGCAGGCUGUGCUCAGAGAAGACUGACAGCGCGAAUGUGAAAGCAAAUACUUUCUGUUGGUAUUUCAGGGACGAUAACGAGAAGUGGGUUCCCUAUGAUAACCAUGAUGAUUCAGAAAACAUCGAAGAACGCUAUUUGGCUAAUUCUAGCGCAGCUUUCAACAUAAAAACCCAAAGCUCCAACUACAUCCUUGACUUUCAGAAAAUGUGCCAAAUAAAUGUACUCACCAACACGAGGCGUGAAAUAAGGAGGCGUCCUUUAGAACAUCUGCAGGAAACUCUAGAUCCUUCUUUCUUACCAGAAGAUUCUCCAAUUCAGCUUUUGUUACCAAGAGAAUGGGAAGCUAUGAAACCCAAGGAACGCAUGCGCCUUGUGGAUUUAGACCCAGAAUCUGAUGAGUAUGAAAAAGUCAUCACAAUAUUGAAAAGCGACACGUGGAAGGAUAAAGUUCAAAGAAUUCAGCGAAAUCAGAAUCCAUACUUAUGGAAAACUUUUCAGCUUAGGAAGGAGGAGAUGAUCACCCAGUAUGGAGAUGAAGCCAGUGUGAAAAUGACAGACCUGUUUCACGGCACUAACCCUGACAUCGUGAGAAAUAUCUGUAAAGAGAACUUUGACUUCCGGCUGCAUGGCAAAAACACAGGGCACAUCUGGGGAAAGGGUUCUUAUUUUGGUAAUGAUAUUACCUUUUGUUACCGUUACUGCAGGCCUGACUCGAAUAGGCUGAAAUACUUGAUUGUUGCUAAGGUUUUAGUAGGAACCAUAACAGUUGGUGCUAAUGAAUUUGAGAGGCCUCCUUUGAACCCAGCGACAGGUUCUCUCUUUGACACAACUGUGGAUAAUGAGACACAACCAAAGGUUUUUGUAAAGUAUGAUAAACAGGAUUACUAUCCACAUUAUGUUAUAACUAUGGAGUAGAUUACUAGUACUGUUAUUUUUUUAUUAACUAUAUAAGACUUAUAUCUUCGCUACCAAUUAAAUAUUCUUUUCAGU